UAGUGCUUGCACAAGUCACAUGCACGGCGCUAACUCCUCGCAAUGGCACGGACACCAAGAAAGCAUGGGCCGGACAGCGUUCACAGCUGGUUCACGGCGGGCGCCUGUGCCUUGUCAGCCUUCUUCGCACUGGCCCCGUUGCGAGCCUUCGGCGUCCUCUUCGUGGCCAUCAUGCAGGAGUUCGGCGCCAACAGGGAGGAGGCCUCGUGGACCAUCAUGCUGCUGGGCGGUGCAAGGGUGCUGUCGGGUCUGCUGGCCGGUCCCCUUGCGCAUCGUUUCACGACGAGGCCGGUCAUCCUCUUGGGCAGUGUCAUUUCGGCUGGAGGAGUCAUGCUGGCCUACUUUGCCACUAACAUGUGGAGCCUACACCUCACGCUAGGUAUUGUUCACGGUUUUGGCUCUGGCAUUGUGUACGCUAUGAACCCUGUGCUGAUCAGCGAACACUUUGUGAAGUACCAGACGAUGGCUACGGGUGUGUGCUUUGCCGGCUCCACGCUGGGCAGCUUCGUCUUCCCCAAGCUCAUCGAGACGCUCAUCGCUUGGUACGGUUUCCAAGAAGCAAUGCUGCUGUUCGGCGCAAUUAUCUUGAAUGCGGCUGCCUUCAGCCUCUUCCUCCGUCAACCCCGCUGGCUCAAGCGAUGCGAUACGUCGGUGGAGUCACUCAUCACUGUGGAUAGCACUGACGAGAAGUCAUCGGCGAGGUUACCCUACGUCAUUCCAGUGAAUCUGGACGGCGUCGUGCAGAAACGCCGCAGAAACAUCUCCCUGCUGUGCGGUUUGGACGUGUUGCGGAUUCCCAUGUUAUAUCUAGUCAUGUUCUCCUCCGUCGCCUUCAACCUAGGCUACGAUUGCUACAACUCGCUCCUAGUCGACUUUGCCGUCGACAGAGGAAUAGCUCAGAGCAGCGCAGUCACAAUGACGUCCCUCAGCUCCCUCGCCGACCUCGUAGGCCGGUUGGGGCUGCCCGUCCUUGCCGACCGACGGCUGCUCACCAGGCGUACACUGAUGGCCAUGGUGUUGGCCUUAGUCGGACUCAUGUACGUGCUUAUGCCCCAGUGCACGGGGUACGGGUCCUUGUUCGCGCUGGCCGCGGCUGUCGCCUUCCUGCUGGGCAGUGGCGUCGUCCUGUUUCCCGUGAUACUCGUCGACUGUGUCGGGCUCGACCGAAUCGCCAUGGCAACGGGCCUGCUAACAGCUCUGUCGGCCACGUUCUCCUUCGCCAAGCCCUCUCUUAUAGGAUACUUUCGUGACACGCUGGGCUCCUAUGACCUAUUGUUCGUGGCCUGCGGCUCGGUGGCCAUGGCGACGUCGCUGGCGUGGGUCUUCGUCAACUUCUGCAUGUGGAGAAAGCGCAGCACGUGGACUCCAGACAGAGUCAUCGGUGGUAAAUUGGAACCAGCAUCCGAAAGAUUCUCCUAUUACCCACGGCUCGUCUACAUCGGCGAUGGCCGGUAUAUGGAGACGCGAAAGUCACGGACACCUAGCACGAUAACGGCACUGUAUUAAUUCAGUAAAGUGCGGCGAUCAGCUCCUGUGUACCGUGCGUCUACUGACGCGACCAGCCACAAUGUGCCAGAAUGUGCUUGGCCUUUUGCCAUCAGCAAAGGCGAACAUUUCCGUCUCAGCGUACUCUGCUGUGGUGCAGUGCUGAAUGAAAUGGAGUGCCAGUGCAGUGAUAGCCAUCAAUUCAUCCUGACGUGUCAAAUAUUUCAUUGGCCAUCAAAGCAUUUCACUUUG